AUGAAGUCUCUCACUCUCCUCAGCACCCUUCUGCUAGCCACAGCCUCCGUUGUGAGCGCAAACCCUCACCCCAGGCCACCCCCCAAGUGCGGAACCUGCAACCCUAUCUCCGGCGAGAAUCACUGCGACAUCACAACCUCGUGCAUCAACACCGGCAGCCGCUUCCACUGCGCAUGCCGCGCCGGAUACAAAGCGUCGAAGCACAACAACGACAUCUCGAAGCAGUUCCGCCUCGCCAUGCCGGACUAUGAGUUCCUGGUCUUUACGCCAGAGUCUACCGAGUGCAACACGCUGUGCGAUAACCCGUAUGGUGCCAGUUCCCAGCUUUGUGCUGAGGUGCCGAUCUAUGAUAAGUGUACUGUUUGA